UCUCUUAAUUAUUUUCCCAUAUCGUGGGAAAUCUAUUAUGAUAAAGGUUAUAAGUAGCACACAUAUCUCGAUGAAAACAAGCAUACUACAUCGUAACUGCAAAAAUGAAAUUGUUUUGUUUAUUUACAUUGGUUAAUCAGAUUUUUUCCACAUUAAUUAAUUCUAAUGUCCGACAUACAAUGUAUGGAGAAGUACGAGGUUUUGUUUCAUCCCGAGUUUCAGGAACUGACGUUGAGGAAUACUUAGGUGUUCCGUAUGCAGCUCCGCCGAUAGGAAGACUUCGUUUCAAGAGACCAGAAGACCCUGUAAAAUGGUGGCCAAAUAUUUUAGACACGAAGAAAAUAUCACCAGCAUGCCCAACAAUUAAUUUGAAAUACAUUCAAGUUCACAAACCAAAAUUUAAUAUGACGAGUGAAGAUUGUUUGUAUAUGAACGUUUACGUGCCUAAGGUUGGAAAAUCUGAUCUUCCUGUCCUUUUCUUUAUCCACGGAGGAGAUAACGCUGACGGCAUGGGCGCCAUGUUUGAUGGUGACAUAUUAGCAGCACAUGGACAGAUGAUAGUUAUCACAAUCAAUUACAGGGUUGGCGUCUUAGGGUUUUAUGCAAACCCCGAACAAGGUAUUAAGGGAAACAAUGGAUUAAUGGAUCAAGUGAAGGCAAUGCGUUGGGUUAAAGAAAAUAUCGGGUUCUUCGAUGGUGAUCCGUCCAAAGUGACAAUACAUGGACACAGCGCUGGAGCAGGAGAUGUAGGUCUACAUCUUAUGUCCAAUCUCACUCAUGGUCUUUUUAGAUAUGCAAUAAUUCACAGUGGUUCACCAAUAGCCCAUUGGAUGAUGUCUUCUUGUGUGGAAACCAGUAGACGAAGUAAUAUUCCUACAUCAUGUAAACAGAAUACCAGCCCUACCAAGAAGGGAGUUGAAGGUCAUAUUACAAAUCUUGUUGCUGGUUCAACCAUCGACGCUUUCUUCUCUUCGAUCACUUAUGGACAGGAUGUAUUCGAGGCUGUAGUGGAUGGAGAAUAUUUAACAGAAAGUCCAGACAAACUGUUCACAUGCCAAACACCUCAUGUCGAUUCCAUUCUAUUUAUGAUGGCGCGUGACGAAGGAUUUGAACCACGAAUUUCACAGAUAUCAGAGUAUUAUCGAUACAAAGGUAUAGAUGUCUUUUUAGAUCAGUACAAACAUAUGUUUCCAAAGACAUUUGAACGAGACAUUACAAAGGUUUAUGAAGACUGGAAGACGAACAACAUAUCACAGUUUCCCCAUUAUUUACACAUGAAUGCAGACAUAGUUUUCUUCAUGCCGAUGAUAAAACUAGCAGAUAUGAUUUCCCAGUGGAUGGAAGAUGUUUAUGUCCUUAGCUUUGAGUAUAUUUCUCAGAAUAUAUCGGGUCCGGACUAUAUAGGUGUUCAGCAUGGUUGGGACUUAUUCUAUGUUUUUGGACAGCCAUUAGUUGGACAUCCGGGUUUUACUUAAACAUCAAGAGAUGCUGUAGUCGCAAGGGAAACUAUGACAUUAAUUAGUGAUUUCGUGAAAAAUGGAUAUUUAUCUGUUAAAACAGGAGGAAAACUUCAAACGUAUAACUCCUCGAUGAAAACAUAUUACAGACUGGAUUACUAUAAUCAACAAACAAAUAUCACCCUGGAAACUAAUUUUAGAGAACCAAGAACAGAAUUCUGGUACAACCAUCUAUUUACACAAGAUUUUGAAUGCAAUGGAGGAAGUGAAAUUCUUAUAAACAUUGAGAUUUACAGUUUUAUAGCAGUACUUUGCAUUUUAUUAAAAUGAAUAAAAAUAAAUAUUUGCAAAGUGUAGAUUUUUGUAUGUAAU